UAUAUUCACUCAGCUGGAAUCAUCCACCGGGACCUGAAGCCCAGUAACCUAGCCGUAAAUGAAGACUGUGAAUUGAGGAUUUUAGAUUUUGGUUUAGCUCGACAAACUGAUGAUGAAAUGACCGGAUAUGUUGCAACAAGGUGGUACAGAGCUCCAGAAAUUAUGUUAAACUGGAUGCACUACAAUCAAACAGUUGACAUCUGGUCAGUCGGAUGCAUCAUGGCAGAACUACUGAAAGGGAAGGCCCUAUUUCCAGGAAAUGAUUAUAUCGAUCAACUAAAGAGAAUAAUGGAAGUUGUGGGCACACCCAGUUCUGAACUUCUGAAGAAGAUAUCAUCAGAACAUGCAAGAAAGUACAUUGAAUCUCUUCCACAUAUGCCUCAACAGGAUCUGAAAGCAGUAUUUCGUGGUGCAAAUCCAUUAGCUGUAGAUCUUCUUGAGAAGAUGCUAAUAUUAGACAGUGAUAAAAGAAUUACUGCCUCGGAAGCCCUUGCACAUCCAUACUUUGUACAGUAUCAUGAUCCAGAUGAUGAACCUGAGGCCGAGCUGUACGAUGAGUCAAUAGAGAAUAAGGAGCGAAACAUAGAUGAAUGGAAAGAACUUACCUAUGAAGAAGUGAUGAGCUUUAAACCCCCCGACUUAAAGAUGGAUAGCCUGGAGAUAGAACAGUGAAUACAGGCAGCUCUGUCUUGCCUGGCUACACUAUGAAGACUGUUAAAAUAUAACCAUACAAUUUAACCUGUGGUCAGACCUAGAUUUUACUAUCCAAAGAUGUUGGAGAGGAUGUGGAAAAGCAGACGCAUUAAACAGAAGCCAGAUGAUGUCGAGUUUGGGUGGGGGUUUUUUUGCCUUGUAAUAUGAAUGUAUUCCUGACUCGCAAAGGGUGAUAAAGAACUGCUUCAUUCUGACAAAAUUAUGCACUGAGUUCUGUCGAGCCCUGUGAUCUGCAUGUUUCAUUUUAUCAGUUGUAUUGCCAAAAUAAAGGUGACCUUUUAAAUUAAUUUGAAAAUUGUACAUUUAAAGCAUGAAUGUAUACAGACAUAAACAUAGAAGAUCAUACAAGCAAUCAUUUUUUUUUU